AUGUCAACGAUUCAGUGCACCGUGUGUUACCAAAUUUCUGAUGUCCUCGUACGUAUUCGCUCCUCCCACAACAUGCAAAAUCUGGUUUUGCCACACGCGUACAAACGCACACACACAAUGCACCCGAACACGACUGCAGUCUUGCCAAGCUACUUGAUGCUUCUAUCGGGUAAAGCGACCGUCAACAAGGCCGCUUUUCUACCCGUCUACUCGAUUCAGGAAUUCAACCUCGAGCGCGAUCGUCAGUGGGACACGGAAAGACGAUAUUACCGUCCGCUCCUCGACGAGUUGUUCCCGGCAAUGGAGAAAAACAAUAUGAACGAUUCAGAUAAACCCAUGGUGAACCAAGUCUAUGUGUUCUCGCCGAGUGCGGGUGAACUCGAGGUGACUGAGAAAGUGAGUCAAAUUCCAGAUCAGGUCAGUUAUGUUAAAUGA